UUGUUUCUGUUGGAGAAGUUAGGAUUGCAGUUGCGUGGCAAGCUCCGUGGUCACUCGUUGUCGGUUAUCAGUAAUCGGUAUCCCCUCACUGCUCCGGGAACUAUAUAUCCCCUCACCGCUCAAUUCUCUGCGCAUUUAGUAGGAAAAUGAGGUCGUGGCGAUGGUCCUUGUCUGCCUCUGCCGCUGCCUCUCCCAUCUCCCCCUGCUUCUCAUGCCGUUUUCGUGUACCUCUCUCUCUUACUAACUUUUCAUUUUCAACAACUUCAACAUCAUCAUCUUCUUGUAAGAUUUCUGCUGGGCUUCAAUUCCAACACUUGAACAGCAACAGCAACGUCAGGAAGAGGAAAGAGUUAACUGGGUUCGAAGCGGCAGCGUGGAAUAUCGUCAAAUGCACCAGCGGCACCAACACCGAAUCGGGAGAACAAGAAGGAGCCGUUGAUUUUGAUUGCGUCGGGACAGGGCAGGACGUGGAGUGCGUUGUCUCCUCACCCUCAUCCGAUUCGGAAGAAAGCGUCGCUCUAUCGGAUGAUGAUUCAGCAGCACUAGUGAGACUAGUGUGGGAAUGGGCGGUGUUGGUUUCGCCCUUUUUCUUCUGGGGCACGGCUAUGGUGGCCAUGAAAGAAGUGAUUCCAAAGUGUGGCCCGUUCUUCGUCUCCGCUUUCCGCCUCAUUCCCGCCGGCUUUCUCUUGGUUGCGUUCGCCGCUUCGCGUAACCGCCCUUUUCCCUCUGGACUCACCGCUUGGCUUUCCAUCUCUCUCUUCGCUCUCGUCGAUGCCACUUGUUUCCAGGGUUUUCUCGCCGAAGGGUUACAGAGGACAUCGGCAGGUUUGGGCAGUGUGAUAAUUGACUCUCAACCUUUAACAGUGGCUAUACUUGCAGCCUUGUUAUUUGGCGAGUCCAUUGGGUUUGUUGGAGCUGCAGGGCUUGUACUUGGUGUUGUUGGGCUUUUACUUCUCGAGGUGCCUGCGCUUGCUUUUGAUAAGAGUAACUUUUCACUGUGGGGAAGUGGGGAGUGGUGGAUGCUUCUCGCAGCUCAGAGCAUGGCAAUUGGUACAGUCAUGUUCCGCUGGGUUUCCAAGUACUCUGAUCCUGUUAUGGCAACUGGAUGGCACAUGGUUAUUGGUGGUCUCCCUCUUGUCAUAUUCUGCAUUCUUAAUGAUGAUCCUGCUGUCAAUGGGAGUCUUAAGGAGUUCACUGCUAAUGAUGUUCUGGCGCUCCUCUAUACCUCCAUUUUUGGAAGUGCUGUUAGCUAUGGUGUAUACUUCUACAGUGCAACAAAAGGUAGCUUGACAAAGCUGAGUUCCCUUACCUUUCUAACCCCAAUGUUUGCAUCAAUUUUUGGGUUUAUAUAUCUCGGUGAGACCUUCUCACCCGUGCAACUAGUUGGGGCGGUUGUGACCUUGGCUGCAAUAUAUAUGGUUAACUACGGGAAUGUUGUGGAAUGAAGCAUAUGAUCAAUACAGCUUGAUUUAACAUGUGAACAAAAGGAAGGCAAGGCUCACUUGCAAGCUAGCUCUUGAUCUUCAUGACGGGGGUUUGGAGAUGCUUGUAGUAUGUAUACACAUACGCUUGGAUACAGACUUGAAUAAACCAUGUCCAUGCAUGUUGUAGAUGCAUUCCUAUCAUCUCAGAGCUAUGGUGUCAUGGCACUGAAGCCUAACUCAGCUCCAAGCCCUAAUUAUGCCUUCGAUGUUAUUUUGUACAAGAAAGCAAUUGUUCAAGGUAUUCUAGGGCCCUCUAGCACGAUCUGUUGAAAGUAACUCGAGUUUGUAAAUAAAUUGGUGUAAUUCCACAUUGAGGAUUUUGGAAGGAAACACAUUUGAGAUAGAUCAAUGGAGUAGAAAAUGUCAAACGUAAAUUUAAA